AGCAGGGGGCGGGGCUUGGGCGCUGCGCGCGCAGGGCGGGGCGGGACGCGGUUGGCGCUGGCGGGAAACGGGAACGGAGGAGGAGCGCCCGGGGAUGGCGGUGCCGUUCGUGGAGGACUGGGACCUGGUGCAGACGCUGGGAGAAGGCGCCUACGGGGAGGUGCAGCUCGCUGUCAACCGCCGCACCGAGGAGGCCGUGGCUGUCAAGAUCGUGGACACGAAGCGAGCGGCCGACUGCCCCGAGAACAUCAAGAAGGAAAUCUGCAUCAACAAGAUGCUCAACCACGAGAACAUCGUCAAGUUCUAUGGGCACCGGCGGGAAGGUGCCACUCAGUACCUGUUCCUGGAGUACUGCAGCGGCGGGGAGCUCUUUGACCGCAUCGAGCCAGAUAUCGGGAUGCCAGAGCCAGAGGCGCAGCGGUUCUUCCAGCAGUUGAUUGCUGGUGUGGUCUAUCUGCACAGCAUCGGCAUCACCCACCGUGACCUGAAGCCAGAGAACCUGCUGCUGGAUGAGCGAGAUAACCUGAAGAUCUCGGAUUUCGGCCUGGCCACAGUCUUCAGGCACAACGGCCGGGAGCGGCUGCUCAAUAAGAUGUGUGGGACCCUGCCCUACGUGGCCCCAGAGCUGCUGCGGUGCCCUGAGUUCAGUGCGGAGCCUGUCGACGUCUGGGCCUGUGGCGUGGUGCUGACAGCCAUGCUGGCCGGAGAGCUGCCCUGGGACCAGCCCAGCGACAGCUGCCAGGAAUACAGUGACUGGAAGGAGAGGAAAACCUACCUCCCGCCUUGGAAAAAGAUUGAUUCUGCACCCUUAGCUUUGCUGCACAAGAUCCUGACAGAGAGCCCUGCGGCAAGGAUCACCAUUCCCGAUAUCAAGAAGGACCGGUGGUACAGCAAACCCCUCAAGAAGGGCGUCAAGCGGGCUCGUGUGUCCGCAGGGGGGGUCUCUGAUUCUCCCGGUGGCUUCUCCAAGCACGUCCGAUCCGAUACGGACUUCUCACCAGUGAAGAGCCCGCUUGGUGAGGAGAAAGUGAGCUACUCCACAUCGCAGCCGGAGCCGGGCACUGGUGGGAUGCUCUGGGAUUGUGGAGCAGCUGCCAUCGACAAGCUGGUGCAGGGUAUCAGCUUCUCCCAGCCCGCCUGCCCUGAGCACAUGCUGGUCAACAGCCAGCUCCUCGGCACCCCGGGCUCCUCACAGAGCCCCUGGCAGCGCCUGGUGAAGCGGAUGACGCGCUUCUUCACCAAGCUGGACGCUGACGGCUCGUACCGUGCCCUGAAGGAGGUGUGUGAGAAGAUGGGGUACGGCUGGAAGAAGAGUUGCACCAACCAGGUCACCAUCUCGACUACGGACAGGAGGAACAACAAACUCAUCUUCAAGGUGAACCUGGUGGAGAUGGAGAGCAAGAUCUUGGUGGAUUUUCGCCUCUCCAAGGGUGAUGGCCUGGAGUUCAAGAGACACUUUCUGAAGGUCAAGAGCAAGCUCAGCGACAUCAUCAGCACCCAGAAAGUCUGGCUGCCUGCCACCUGAGCCCCAGCAUGCCCCCUGCCUCCUCCUCCUCUUCCUCCUCCUCCUCCUUUUCCUCUUCUUCCUGUGGGGAACACCCAACCAGCCGCAUGCUUCAGGUUUUAAAGGUUCAAUAAAGUCCUUGGGGACACAUGAA